CCCUCCCCUCCAGAGCCUCAGUUUGCAUAUGGGUGUAACCAACAUGCUGGGGGAAGUACAACAGCGCAUCACUGCUGUGUUUACAUCAGAGCUCAGACUAGUUUCACUUCUCAGGAACGGAGACUCAGACGGUCGUUGUCACUGAGCGAGAGGUGAAAUGGCGCAGAAAAGAGUUAAGCUGGACCGGGAAGCCUUCUCUUGUUCCAUCUGUCUGAAUCUACUGAAGGAUCCGGUGACUACUCCCUGUGGACACAACUACUGCAUGAACUGUAUUAAAAGCCACUGGGAUGAAGAGGAUCGUAAGAACAGCCACAGCUGUCCUCAGUGCAGGAAGACGUUCACACUGAGGCCUGUCCUGCUGAAAAACACCAUGUUAGCAGAUUUAGUGAAGGAGCUGAAGAAGACUAGACUCCAAGCUGCUCCUGCUGAUCCCUGCUAUGCUGGAGCUGAAGAUGUGGCCUGUGAUGUCUGCACCGGGAGAAAACUCAAAGCACACAAGUCCUGUCUGCAAUGUCUGGCUUCUUUCUGUGAGAAACACCUUCAGCCUCAUUUAGAAUCAGAGACAUUCAAGAAACACAAGUUGGUGGAGCCGUCCAAGAAGCUCCAGGAGGACGUCUGCUCUCGUCAUGAUGAGGUGAUGAAGAUGUUCUGCCGUACUGAUCAGCAGCUUAUCUGUUAUCUCUGCUCUGUGGAUGAACAUAAAGGCCACGACACAGUCUCAGCUGCAGCAGAGAGAGCUGAGAGGCAGAAAGAGCUUGACGGGAGUCGAAAAAACAUCCAGCAGAGAAUCCAGGACAGAAAGAAAGAUGUGAAGCUGCUUCAACAGCAGGGGGAGGCCAUCAAUCGCUCUGCUGAUAAAGCAGUGAAGGACAGCGAGAAGAUCUUCAGUGACCUGAUCCGUCUCCUGGAGAAAAGAAGCUCUGAUGUGAAGCAGCAGGUCAGAUCCCAGCAGAAAAGUGAAGAGAGUCUAGUCAAAGAUCUUCAGGAGAAGCUGGAGCAGGAGAUCACUGAGCUGAAGAGGAAAGACGCUGAGCUGAAGAAGCUCUCACACACAGAGGAUCACAACCAGUUUCUACACAACUACCCCUCACUGUCACCACUCAGCCAAUCAGCAUCCAGCAUCCAUAUCCUUCCUCUGAGCUGCUUUGAGGACGUGACAGCGGCCGUGUCAGAAGUCAGAGAUAAACUACAGGACGUCCUGAGAGAGAAGUGGACAAACGUCUCACUGACAGGGACUGAAGUGGACGUUUUACUGCCACAACCAGAGCCCAAGACCAGAGCUGGAUUCUUAAAAUAUUCAUGUGAAAUCACACUGGAUCCAAACACAGCAAACACACAGCUGUUAUUAUCUGAGGGGAACAUGAAAGCAACAUUAAUGAGUCAACAACAGUCUUAUUCUAGUCACCCAGACAGAUUCACUAACAUGUGGCAGGUCCAGAGUAGAGAGAGUCUGACUGGACGUUGUUACUGGGAGGUGAAGAGGAGAGGAGGAGUUUAUGUAGCAGUUGCAUACAAGAAUAUCAGCAGAGCAGGGAGGUUGGAUGAAUGUGGAUUUGGACGAAAUGAUAAAUCUUGGGCAUUAUAUUAUAACAACAACGGUUAUACAUUUUGGUCCAACGAUGUCCAAACUCCAGUCUCAGGUCCUGAGUCCUCCAGAGUAGGAGUGUACCUGGAUCACAGUGCAGGUAUUCUGUCCUUCUACAGCGUCUCUGAAACCAUGACUCUCCUCCACAGAGUCCAGACCACAUUCACUCAGCCGCUCUAUGCUGGACUCUGGUUUGAUUAUUGGUCUCCUGGAGACUCUGCUGAGUUGUGUAAACUGAAAUAGACAGAAGUCAUUUAAGGGUUAAAUUCAGUGUUUUAACUCUUUGACUUAUUUAGUCUCCAUGUUUGUUGCUGAGAGCUGAUUGUUGUGAUUUCUUCACUACACAGAGAUCAGCUGUCAAUCAAACAUUAUGGGAUGUCCUUUAACAUCUUUUAGUUUAGUUUAAAGAUUAGUUUUUGUGCACGGACCGAUGUGUUGUUUAAAUGAUAUAGAAAAUUUGUUCCAUUUGGUUUUCUACUGUCCUUUUUAUUUAGAACAGCGUGAUGCUUUGUUUUAGUCAGAUUAAAACAGAUAUUGAUGUUGGAAAUAUGGACGAUGCUUAAAGACUGAGACGGCUGUUCACGUGUUAUCUUGAGAAAGCCUGAGAGAAGAGAAAUAAAGCUCUUUACCGAGAUGAUCUGUAGAUAUUAGUUGUUGUUUGUUAUUCAUGUAUUUCUCCACGUUGUGUAUCUGCGGGACAGGAAGAUGUCUGUUGAAUAGCGGUGUCUUGUAAUCCCGUGUGGGACGUUAGCUUCUUGUCUCAUCUGGGGUCUGAUAAACAGUAAAUUAAACUAACAUGAACAAAGUAUUUUCUUCCUGUCUUCAUUCCAGGGUUUCAUACAAAGCUGACGGAGAAAAUGUGAAACUGAUAUGAGAGUAUAACUGAGGCCCUUUUCCUCCUGAAACACCACAAAGUACAGUGUUCAUGUUUACAGUCAGUCAGUCUCGGUCCUCUCAACUUUUAUCACUAAAACUGCUCCGUCACAGAGAAAUGAGCAGAGUUUUCUAUCACUUGUUGCUUUUUAAAGCCAACAUUUCCUCUCUGCACUGAGUCAAUAAAUAUUACACAGACCUAAAAGUUGCAGGUUUGAACAAACAUCCCAACUCAGACACCAUAAAGCAGGGGUCUUCAACGAUUUUUAAGCCACGGACCCCUUAGCUGAAAGAGAGACCCCUUACUAAAUAUAUUGG